UUCUUCUUCCUCUUCUUCCUUCAGCUCUCUCUCUAUACUACACUACUUACCAUUGAUUGACGUUCCUCCCUACCUACCAAACUCUCCUUCUACCCUACCUAGCAUACACCAUAUCCCCUACAACCAGCAGUACCUUACUUUACCUGCACUAAAGAUGAAACUCACCACCCUCGUAACAACAACUCUCUGGGCCACCACCGCGCUCGCCGCAGCCAAACCCCUCAUAGAGAAACGCGACCUCGCCACCGCAGCAGCAACGCCCGCAACAGAAGCUGCAGCAAUGCACACCCCCAACGCCGCAGCAUCAGCUACACCCAGUUCUCGUGCGUCGGCAAGUGCCUCUGCCUCUUCGUCGGGUGCUUCGGCGCAGUAUGAGACGAGUAAUAGUGGCGAGGACGAUGAUGAUUAUGAUGAUUACGAUGAUGAGGAUCACGACGAUGACGAUGAUGGGUAUGGACAGGAUCCUAAGGGUGAUGAUGGUGGGGAUGAUAAGGAUAAGAGUGAUCCGCUUGAUUUCUUGUCGGGGAUUUUGGGAUUGCUUGGCGGACUGGGUCUGCGGUAAACUGAUCGACACGGACAGUCAACUUCUAGUACUGUCUCCGAAGUGACUACGAAGUAGGCACAGCUUUCGGUUCUAUUUUCUGUCUUGUCCAAUUAAUGAUUAUUUCUCCUUCUUAUUCUGACAUGGAGAAUGGCGGAGGUGUUCAUAGGCUACUUAAGUUUGGUUUUAACAUGUUUUUGUUUGCUUGGAUACGGGUGCUUAUUAGGGCUCACUCGUAUGUAUCUGUUACACGUCACAUAUCAAGCUAUCAAUAUGAUUGAAUGAAUCUGCAC